CUUUAGAAGCCUCUCGAUGAAAGGUGAGUCACUGAAUCCAGUCGGCGUGUGUGUGCUUUUCUCCUUUUCCUCCGUUUACGUUCUCCGACUUGCUCGGCCAAGCGGUUAGUUAACGGCACGCGCCGAUAAUCCCGACGCCCCGCCGUUUCUUCGAAUUUGCACUUAAGCUUUCCCUGUUCCGUCGACGGUUUCCGUAGUGAUCCUUUUACUGGAAAAAGGGGGGAGUUUUUUGUUUGGCUGUGUGAUCCAUCUCUGAGCUCGCCAAUGGCUAACAAGUCACUGAAUCGGCUUCUAUGGAAUUUCUUUGUAGAAGAUUCACCGUUCAAGAAGAGACGUGGGUUAUAUCAAGGAGUUGUUUACAAUGUAAUCAAGCGGUUUCAGUCGCACUUAUCAGAAUCAGGCAAGGUAGAAAAGGAGCUAGAAGAACGCGAGGCCAACAAAACGCCAAACUUCUCUUCUUCGAGGUCCGAAUUAGAGAAUAAAAGACGGUUUGAGUCAGGAAUCGACAGCGAUAGCUCCGGUGAUGAAGAUACAGGUGAUGGAAAGUGGAAACUUGACUUGGCUUGGCUCACAAAAGCACUUGAGCCUGCUGUUCAAUUGCGUAGAUGGGCUCUUCCAACAGGGGAGAAAUCACCGCCUGGUACUCGAUCUCUGUCAGAGAUCAUCGCUAGUAUUCAGAAGAGUAAGCUCGGGAUCGAAGGUUGGACUCUCGGUGAUCUUACGAUCGGUCUCUAUCUCAUUUACCUAAGACAAGCAUCCUUGUCUCCAUUUGAUGAUGUCAAGGGCGUAGAAGUUGAUUCAGAAUCUACAGUUUAUGAUCUCAUAUACAACGCGGAGUUAGCAAAAGGCUGUUACAGGGACAGUGUGAGUGGUCUCGCGAGGAACACGAUGCUCCGAGAGAACAACAUUCUUAAGUUUGUGAAAGACUCGAGCGUUAUGAGGCCUGGCUAUUACGUAGGAGUUGACCAUAGAAGGAAACUCGUAGUCUUUGGAAUACGCGGGACGCAUACGAUCUAUGAUCUUAUCACUGACAUUGUCUCUUCAAGCGACGAAGAGGUCACGUUCGAAGGCUACUCGACCCACUUUGGAACCGCUGAAGCUGCACGAUGGUUCCUUAACCACGAAUUGCAAACUAUAAGAAAGUGCUUGGAGAAAUACGAGGGAUACAAGUUAAGGCUUGUUGGUCAUUCUCUCGGCGGCGCUAUUGCUUCUGUAAUGGCGAUAAUGCUCAGGAAAAUGCCAAGGGAGGAAUUGGGAUUCGACGCUGAGAUUAUAUCAGCGGUUGGGUAUGCGACACCUCCUUGUGUCUCCAAAGAGCUUGCAGAGAAUUGCUCUGAGUUUGUGACAACUAUUGUUAUGCAGGAUGAUAUAAUACCUAGACUAAGUUCAGCUUCUCUAGCGAGACUGAGGGAUGAAAUCCUUCAGACCGAUUGGACAAGUGUUAUCGAGAAGGAAGAAUGGAAGAGCGUACUGGAUUUGGUAACAAACGCGAAACAAGUCGUCUCCUCUGUGCAAGACGCAGCUCGAAAAGUUUCUGAAUAUGCAAAAUUCGGAAACAAGAAAGAGUUUCCAGAACUCCCUUCGUCCAAGAACGAUCGGUCUGAUACAUUAAUCUCUGAAUCAACGAAUAAAGAUGUUGUAAAACUGCCGGAAGAGUUAUAUGUACCAGGCGCGGUUUACUAUCUAAUGAGGAACCUCAGAGGAAACCCGAAGAGCGCAUCAAGGAAAAGAGUAGAAUACUUUAGUCUAUGGAAGAGAGAUCCAGGACAACAUUUUCAGAGGAUACUUCUCUCAGGUAAUUUCAUUACAGACCAUAAAUGUGAUAGCCAUUACUAUGCUCUGCGUGAUGUGCUCAAAGGAUUUCCCAGUUUCGUCCACGAAAGCAUCUUUAACAAGAGAUGUAAGUGAGAAUGUAUCUGGUUAUAGAACGUAACGUUUCAAAGUAUGUCCGCUAACAUUUUAAGAAUAAAUACUCAGUUUAUAACAGCUUUGAGAGUGUUUUAUUGUAGAAAUUUAUUAAAGUUCAAUGGAAAGCUAGCUUUGAUUGGAUUUACUUUUAUAUGUAAAUAAUACUUGCAUCAGUGUUUGUUUGUGCUUGACAACAUAUA